GUCCCCACGAGAAUAUGUUAUCCUUCCGAUUUGAUUGAAAUGAAAAAUGGUACGGCAGUGAUGCAGCCCGUGUUCGUAAACCAAGUCCGAUCGCAUAAGUAUGAUGUCUGUGUAGUUUGCACGGUCGAGGUCAUCCACAGGUGCGCGAACAACAUUUUUCUACGGAAAUAUCGGGAUAAUAUUCAGAAUCAUAUCAUUAUUAACACAGAAUGCAGGCCAGUAACAAAGACCACACACAGAGGAACUGGGCAUGGGCGUCAAGCAGUGUGUGGAACCACUUGGAGUCCUGUUUUUAACAACUUUAAAAUUUGAAGUGUGAAGAAGCUAAAAUUGUGAAGUACUGGUGCCUCCCUCUAAUGUGAAACAAGGUAACAAGAAAUAAUGCAAAAAGUGUAUCUUGCCCUCAGUAAGGACGGGCCAUGCCGGCAUCUGGUUUAUGAAGGAGCUUAAACGUUCUAUACGGCAGCACGUGCCUCAAGGAAACCAAUUAGACUUCCAAAAUACUUCUAUCUCUAUGUGUGAAGCUGUUCGUUUGAUCAGGCUCCUGAUGCAAUGGUGGGCGCUUUCGCAAAUAAGAGGUCUGGAGGUGUCAAAAAGGACAAGAAUUUAAGAGCGUAGUCCCAUUGUCAGUAGGAUCGUGGUGCAACAACAGCGAUGCGUGGAGUGCAUUCCCCCCCUCCCCUUCUUUUCAACCCAUUAUACUGUUCAUGUGAAAUAGAUGUUUUGUUCACCUUUUUUGGGUAGGGCAAGAUAUCAAAAGCUACGCUUUUCUAUGAGUUUUGUGCUGCUCUAGUUGAGUGAUGGAGAGAACCGUAUGUGGAAUUUCUUUGAUGAAAUAUAUUUUAAGAGCAGCACUAGAAUUUUAUUCAUGAAGACUAUUCGCAUGCAUCGAGCUCUUGGUUGAAGAGGAGUGGCUGUAAAACGAGCCCAAGGAUACUCACCCCCAGCAGCGCGUACGCGUAUACUCACCGUGUCCCAAACUCUCGCUGAGAAAUUUCUUGGUUCAAAAUAACCAUCCCCAAGCGGUGCAAGCAGGGUCCUAAAUGGCGAAUAGCAUGCAUGUCUCUUGCUUCACGACACAAUAAUUGUGAAAGUGGUACGAACAGACGUAUUAAGGAGGGUAAUUCUGGAAUGGAUUUCGGUGAUCAAUCAGUACAUUUCUAAAGAUUCAACCAUGUGUGAAUGAAACUUGGAAAUGCCUCCUUAGCGAUAAAAGUGGAUAGCAUUAUUUACCACAACACGUUUUUAAACGUUAUUAUACGUAGAAAAUCAUAUUACUUCUGUUUAUUGUAUUUUUAUGCGUUCAGUUUGGUUUCCCUUUUGGA